UUCUACAGGAGAGAGAGCCACAGAGAGAGAUGUCCCUUGUUUCUUCUAUUGUCUCUUCUCCCUCUUCAUCUUCUCCUUCAGCUACUCGCAAUCUAACCUUUAUUCUCCUCAUGAUUUGCUUCUAUUUCGUCUCAUAUCUUGUCGCCAUUGUUGAAUGCUCCGACAAUAAUAUCACCAUCACUAAAAUAAAAGCUCCUCUUCAUCACCCUCUCACUAUUGAUUACUACUCAAAGACAUGCCCUCAGCUUGAUGACCUGGUGGGCUCAGUCACGGGCCCGAGAUUCAAGCAGACUCCGGUCGCCGGCCCGGCCACCAUUCGGCUCUUCUUUCAUGACUGUUUUGUUGAGGGAUGUGAUGCAUCGAUAUUGAUAGCCCCGGGAGCGGAGGGAUCGGCAUUGGUGGAGAGAAACAUGCCGGAGAACAAGAAUUUGCCUCCGGAGGGGUUUGAGACGGUCGAGAUGGCGAAGAAAGUGGUGGAGAGCAAAUGCCCGGGCGCGGUCUCCUGUGCCGAUAUCCUCGCCAUUGCUGCCCGGGAUUUCAUUCAUCUGGCAGGGGGCCCAUACUACAAAGUAAAAAAGGGCAGAAAAGACAGCAAAAAAUCCAAGCCCUUCAAAGUCAAAUACCACCUCCCGCGCUCAAACUCCUCGAUCUCCUCCCUCCUCUCCCUCUUCUCCUCCAAAGGCCUCACCGCCCGAGACCUCGUCGCCCUCUCCAGGGCGCGACUCAUCGGCUUCGCGCACUGCGACCAGUUCCUCGACCGCCUCUACAACUACCAAAGCACCGGCAGACCCGACCCCUCCGUCGACCCCGACUCCUCAAGUCCCUCCAGAUGUACUGCCGCCGCCGUUACAGGCGGGAACGGCGACGUCGUAUCCCCCUUGGACGUGCAGACUCCGUUCGCGUUUGAUAAUGGGUAUUAUGGGAAUCUGGAGAAUAAGUUGGGGGUUUUGGGUACGGAUCAGGGUCUGUGGUUGGAUCCGAGGACUAAGGAUUUGGUUGAGGAGAUGGGGAGAGAGAAGGGCAGGUUUUUCGAGGCGUUUGUGGAGGGGAUGGACAAGAUGGGGUCUCAUGGGGUGAAGAGGGGGAGGAAAGGGGAGAUUAGGAGGGAAUGUGGUAAACAUUUGAGUUAGAUAUUUUUUGUGGGGUUUUCUGUUUUUUUUGGUGUGGUUUUGUGUGGAGGAUUCGUUUGGGGUUUAAUUGCCGAUAGACCCCCUGGAUUAUUGUUCUUUUCUGAACAGCUCACUAUUCUUCUAGUUUAGUUUUCGUGUAUAGACGACGAAAAGUGAAUUAUUAUUAUUAUUAUUACUCUU